ACGACAACGACGGGCCGAUUGAAAUGAGGACAUAGUUUUCAGCAUUUGCUGAAAGGCUACCACCAUGUCGACCAGAAGGCUAAAAAAUGAAGAUUACAAUGAUUAUAGCUCGACAGAAAACAGCCCAGACAAUGACAGCGUGUACUCUUCAACUGAUAUCUCAGGAUCACCACCUGCUUUGGGAAAUUACCAGCGUCUAAAUGAAAAGAAUGGCAUAAACUGGCCAGAGGCAUUAAUUCACUUGUUAAAAGGCAACAUAGGAACAGGGCUGCUUAUCCUUCCUCUUGCAGUGAAAAAUGCGGGUAUUGUGCUUGGUCCAAUCAGCAUGGUUGUAAUGGGAGUGGUGGCUGUGCAUUGUAUGCAAAUGCUGGUCAAAUGCAGUCACUAUCUAUGUAUUAAAUUACACAAACCAUUUCUGGAUUAUGGGAAUGUUGUGCAGUGCAGUUUGGAAGAGUCCCCCAUCCUGUGGCUCCGGAAGAAUUCACCUUUUGGAAGGUGCUUCGUGGAGUUCUUUUUGAUUCUAACUCAGCUUGGCUUUUGCUGUGUUUACUUUGUCUUUCUGGCUGACAACAUUAAACAGGUUGUGGAUGCAGCAAAUAUUACAAAUAAUGACUGCAGUCAGAACAUCUCAACUGUUGUACAUGGAAGUAUGGACAGCCGUCUAUACAUACUUAUCUUUCUGCCAUUCAUCAUUCCGUUGGUCUUCAUUCAAAACCUGAAGUACCUGACUCCUUUGUCAAUGCUUGCCAAUUUAGCUAUGCUUGUGAGCCUUAUUUUGAUUUUCACCCACCUCUUUGCUCAUAUUUCGCAUUCCAGUGAUCUGCCAAAAGUGGGUGAUUGGAAAUCUUUUGCCAUGUUUUUUGGAACAGCAAUAUUCGCAUUUGAAGGCAUUGGUGUGGUACUUCCACUUGAAAACAAGAUGCAAAAACCACACCAAUUUCCAGCAAUUCUGUAUUCUGCCAUCGCAAUUGUUACAAUAUUGUAUGUAAGCAUAGGAGUUUUGGGAUACACUUGCUUUGGUGAAGAAAUUAAAGGAAGCGUCACACUAAAUUUGCCUCCCUGUUGGUUGUACCAGUCGGUGAAGAUUUUGUAUUCUUUCGGCAUCUUCAUUACCUAUGCUGUCCAGUUUUUCGUUGCAGCAGAGAUACUUGUUCCACUUGCAGUAAUCAGGGUCCCUGAACAUUGGAAGUUGGCCGUCAACCUGGCGGUUCGAGCUGCUCUUGUCACAUUCACAUGUCUCUUGGCAAUCUCGAUACCCCAUUUGGAAAUUGUAAUCUCACUGGUUGGGUCAGUUAGCAGCAGCACUCUGGCAUUAAUCAUCCCUCCACUUCUUGAGAUAGUCACUUUCCAAAGCGAAGGUAUGAGUCGAUGGAUCAUUGCCAAAAACAUCUUGAUCAGCAUGGUGGGCUUUUUGGGAUUUCUAAUGGGAACUAUUGUGUCAGUUGAACAACUACUCUCUAAAACAAUAACUGUGACCAAUGUUACUGAUUUUCUCCAGAGUUAGUUCAGUUUUAAUCCAUUGCUUUGUGUGCUACAUCAUUUGGAUUUGUUUUCAAGUUUUUAUUUUUCUGAAGCACUUUACUGUAAGUUCUGUGCAGAUUAAUAAGUAACAAUGGAGGGGGGGGGGGGGGUGUAUGUAGUUUUAUUUUCCUGAUUUUAAUUUUCAACAGUUGCAGAUGGAAAUGUUCUUGCUCAUAAUUUGGGGUGAAACCUUCAGAUUGGGUAAACCAUAGGGCAGGAAAUGAAAUCAUUGCAGUUAUUCGCUCGAUGAGCAGCCAAGUUAUAACAUAUAUGGAGCAUUUGCACAUUUUUAAGCUGGGGAGAAGUGGAUUGUUUUUUGCAUGCAAGAAUUUUAAGCAAGAAAAUGAUUAUGUGUAUCUUAAUAUUGUAUAUUUCUGCUUUCGUUUUGGUGUGAACGGAAACUGUUUUACACUAUUGCUCUGUAUCUAUUGCAGUCUUUACUGUAAAAACAGAUUUCAAACGGCAAAUAAGAAUUUGAAUGUUUUUAAUGUGGUGCAGGAGAAGACUGUCUUGACAAACCUGUCAAUUAUGACAGUUAAACUGUAGCUAAAUAUCAGAAGGAUCAUUGUUGGGCUCUUAUUCCCUGAUUUUACUAAUUCUGACAAAUCAUGUUCUGUAAAUCACAAUUGCAAAUUGGAUUCAGAUGGAGUAUACCCUUUUCCCAAAUCCCUGGCAGGAGGCAUGGCAGAAAACAGAUAUGAGCAUUUUAAAGUUUAACAUGAGCUGGUUGCAAACUAGCAACUGCUUCCCUCAACUACAACAGAAUCAAGUUGACCAAUUGUUUGCAGUUAUUUUUAUUUUUGAGCAGUUAAUAGAUUAACUGUGGCUAGUUUUCAGGAUUUCAAAAUUUAGAUUCAAAUCCAAAAAACUCAUGAAUCGAUCUGGAUUGUAUUCUGCCAGUUCCUUCUGAGGACGGUCUCUCUGUUUGAAUUUACCCACUCUGUGUAGGAGUGUUUUUGUGAACCAUUUUGAUUGAUAAUAUAAUAUUUGAACAUUGAGCACAUAGCUUAAGUUAAUUUCACAGAGCUGAAAUGGGUAAACAAAAAUGAAAUAUUGAAGAUAUCAGGCUCAUGUUUGGGAAAUGUAUUCCAUUAUGUUAAAAAAAAUCUAGAUUUCAAAGCAAGGGCUAAAUAGUUAUUUGUGUAAAAGGGAAAGUGGAUAAUGCCAGUUAAAACAAUUACCUUCAUGGUGCAAUAUUAAUGUUUACACAAAAGAUGGAAAGCCUUUUUUGAUGGUGUAAUUGAGGAUAGGAAAAGUAAAUUAAUAAUGCCUGGAUUGAGAAGCUGGAGCACACAAACCAGUCAUCGGCAUCUUAGACUGACGUUGAGCAGUGUUAAUUUUAAAUCUACUGUAAGUAAAUUAUGUUUUUUGCCCAUCAUUCAAGUAACCUUUUCCAAAAUACGUGUAAACUCAAAAAACUGUUUGCAUUUACAGAGCAGCUUUUUAAUAUAAAUCGCCCCAAGGCACUUCAGGUGUAUUAUUUGAAAAAUAAUUGUAGAAGACUAUAAAAAAUUGUCUGCUGAGUUAUUAAUGUUGCAUGAUGUAAAGAAUAUAUAAUAGUAGAGAUUGUGGCUUUAGCCACAACUCAACACAAAUUAGUGCAAUUGUUUAUAAAAUGUAUCUAGCUUGAUACAGUACAGACUGACUCAAGUGAAUAAUUCUGAAAAUAAUGAAUGUAUACCUUGCCACAACAGAAUUGCAGGUCAGGUUCGUGCAAUCCAUAGUAUUGACCUGUUACUUUAUAAUUAAUUUAAUGCCAGUGCAUUUAUUUUAUUUGUACAAAUGUCAACUGUUUUUUAUAUUAAUAAAUUACUGUGUGAUGGAGUGGUUUGGAGAGAAUGAAAGAUAUUUACGGUCAAGCAAAAUGUAGAAAUGUUUUAUUCUCUUCUCUCUCAUAUCUCCAUCCUUUUAGUUCAUAUGUUGGGGUGUAUUUGUUUUGAGAACUGCAGUUCAUAGUGUAUCUUACUAGAACCUCCUCAGGGUAAUAUACAACUGCUGAGACCUAUGCUAUGGUGAAUUCCAGGCAAUCUCUAGUUAUACAGUUACUGGCAGCAAUCUAUGUUGUCCUGAUUUUUAUUCAUGUGUAAAGUAAAGCUUGUUAUCUUAUGCUAAUUAAAAAGACAUUCAGUAUU